UUUAUGUACAGUUCUAGAGAGAGAGAGAGAGAGAAGUCAUUGCUUCCCGCGUUUUCCACCUCCAAUCUCAUUUAACUCAUGCGUGCAAGCCAUUCUCUCAUAAUUAAAUCUCUCAUCUCUUUCCUGAAUCCCCUAACGGUUUUAAUUUCUUUUGUAAGCUUCUUCAAUAUUCCUCUUACCCACAAUCUCUCUCUCUCUCUCUCUCUCUCUCUCAUCCACUUUUUCCCACAUCGCUUUCCUCUUUAAAAGCAGCUAAGGAACAAAGCCCAUUUCGCCAAAUUUUCUGUUUGUGGUCCAUUAUCAGAUCCCAAUUGUUCAAACCAUGGGGAACCACAUUAGCUCAAAACCCCCAGCUGAAGCUUCAACACCACCACCACCAAUCCAUUUCAACAACAAUAUCCAAUACUCAACAGAGCUCAACUCCUACGAAGCAGCGUGCAAACUCGACGAGGACUUGCAGUCAUUCGAUACGAAUCUGCAAACUCGAACAAAUCAAGUAAUCAACACGCUAGCAGUUGGGGUUGAAGUUCGUGCACUUUCAUUCGAUUCGCUAAAACAAGUAACAGAAUGCCUUUUGGAAAUGAACCAGGAGGUAGUGAAAGUGAUCUUGGAAUGCAAGAAAGACAUAUGGAAGACUGAGGAGUUGUUUGAACUUGUUGAGGAGUACUUCGAGAAUAGCCUGCAAACCCUAGAUUUCUGUGCUGCAUUGGAGAAAUGCCUCAAGCGCGCUCGCGAUAGCCAGUUGCUCAUUCUUGUCGCGCUGCAAACGUUUGAUGAAGAGACAGUUGAUGGGAGUAACAAGUUCGUAAAAACCCUAGAGGACUUGAAGAAUUUCAGGAAUUCCGGUGAUCCUUUCACCGAAGAGUUCAUCCAAGUAUUUCAAUCUGUUUAUAAGCACCAGAUCCAAAUGCUUGACAAAUUGAAACUCAGAAAGAAGAAACUUGACAAGAAGCUCAAGUACAUUCAUGCAUGGAGGAAGGUUUCGAGUAUCAUAUUCGCUGCCACAUUUGCUGCGGUGUUGAUUUGCUCGGUGGUGGCUGCAGCCAUGGCGGCACCACCAGUCGCAGCAGCUCUGGCUGCAGCAACUUCUAUUCCAUUGGGAUCAAUGGGUAGGUGGAUUGAUUCUUUAUGGAAGAACUAUGAGACUGCUUUGAAAGGACAGAAGGAAGUCCUCAGCUUUAUGCAGGUGGGAACCUAUGUUGCCAUUAAGGACUUGGAUAAUAUUCGGGUACUCAUCGAUCGGUUGGAGAUUGAGAUUGAAUCGCUUAUGCAUAAUGCCAAUUUCGCCAUUGAAGAAGAGGCUGUGAAAGUUGGAAUAGAGGAGAUAAGGAAGCAGUUGGCAAUGUUUAUGAAGAAUGUGGAGGAAUUAGGCUCACAAGCUGAUAUUUGCAGCAGGGAUAUUCGUAGGGCGAGGACUGUGGUUCUACAGAGGAUCAUCAAGCCUCCAAAGCGUUAAAAGAUUCUCAUCGGUUACAUCCCAACCAUCGAAAGAAUCCCUCCGGUAACCACCAGCUGAAAACUGCUCUUACAUAUGAUGAAAAAUUUGACUGAUUUUCGUAUUUAUUUGAUUCUAUUUAUGUACCUUAUAGUAAUCCGUAUUCCGAAUCCAUGCGAUAUGGGGUUCAUAGGAUUAUGCAAUAACGGAUGACUGACUAGGCAUUCAAUUGAUUGUAUCAAAAUGUCUAGGCAGAGAACAUAUAUUAUUCCUGUACUUAAGAUUUUCAGUUUUCAAUAGAUUCAUUCUUUUAUAGAAAUGUGAUUUUCCAUAUGGUGAUUAGCUUAGCGAGGGUUUUGCAACGUACUGGUGCUAUGGACGUGUCCGAUAUUUUUGUUGGACAAUGGGUACUCACUGAUGCACGCAUGCCUGCAUGCGUGAAUGCGAAUUACGCAAUCUUUCACUACGGAGGAUCAAAAACAGCAUCCACUACGAAUGGUAAAGAAGGAUACUGAAGAAACAAGAAUUUUUUUCCACACCCUUGUCUCCUCGGUCAUGGAGUUUAGACGAGUCUGACACUUACCAAGCCUAAGAACUGUAGACGAAAGAACAAGCAGCCAAGAAUAUAGGGUUCGCUUUUAUUCCUGGUCUAGUCUCCGUCUUAACCCAUUUCCACAGCAUCGUCAUGCAGAGUCACUGAACAAAUAAUCUACAAGUAGUUUCCUUGAAAAGGUUGUAUUACAGAAUGCAUAGAAAAGUAGCAUCACAGAGGGAAGAAUCUGUAGAGGCUACAAGAUUUAGAUGUUAGAAAACCUACCCUUGGGAAUUAUCAGAGAAUAAACGCGUACUCCUGAGUUCUAACUUCUGAGGGAGAUUGAGAAACUCGGCAUCUUUGUUUUAGUUUAAAAACUAGAUAAAAGAAGACGACUAGUGUAGUCUGGGGCUAUAUAUGACUAGUUCUCCAUGUAUAUAAUGUUCCCAAAAUCAUGAAAGGCUGUAGAACAAGUUUUCAGAUAUCCAGAAAAGGUAUGCUUACAGCAUAAUGACAUAACCCACGUAUUGAUCUAUCCGAUACAAACUAUCUUUGCUUAAUCAAUUUGUAGGCCCAUGCACUUAAGAUCUACCAUUCUUUCCCUUAUGCCGACGUAGGUGUCUAACCAAGUGUGUGCUAUCAACUCUAGGAAUCAACCUUGUACCCUCCUCCUCUCUUUCGGAUUCAAUGCAGACCAUGCAGUUCCCAUAGCCAAACCCUAGUGGUUCGGUUGAGUUUAACUCCUUGGUUCCACUCACAGUCACUAAGCCCGUAGACAAUGCACAGAUAUUGUCAAUAACAACCAAAAUAACCAGUGAAGAAUACAGAUUUUGCAAGCAAUAUACAAAAAACAAGUAGAACUGCACCACAAGGAGAUCAUAAUUAUCAGGAAAGCAUUUAUUCCAGGAAAUGGAACAGAACUUUAUAUUUGGUCCCCAUAAUUGUUCUAGAGUUUACAAUGAGGUUGGCUCAUUUCUACAAGAAGUGCCCCAGCUGUUAGAUAUAAAAACUUCGUAAUGACCACAGGGUUGUACAUAUACAUACCCAGUGACGGAGAAGGUCGAAUACGUGGAAAGAAAAGAGAAGAAUGCAGCUUUCACAUGGCUAACAAUGGACAAGGUCGAAUAUUGAAGUACGUAGCCGAUGCGAGAUAUGCACAAACUAAAGAGACGUACAUUUUGAACCAUCCAGAUGAGAAAAGGGUGAAGAAUGUACAAAGGCUGGUAAAGACUAUUACUCCAAAAAAGUUCAUUAAACACCUCACCAUAGACAAAUCAUUUUCUGUUCCUUCACGGGGGAAAUGGCCUCGUAAAUAAAAGUCAGAAAGCAAUUUGUCCUUGAGACAGAAUCUAUCCAGCAGCCAUGAACCAAUCUUGUCUUCAGAUGUUGGGAUGUCAU